CUCUUCUUCCACAAACCCAUCUCCCCUUCUAAUUUUCCUACCAAAAACCCUCUCUGAAAGGCAGCCGUGGACCACGGAAAAACCGCCCAUCUCCAAUCCGGUCAAAACAUUAGUUGGUCCACCGCUUCUCGACCCCCUCUUAUUCAUCGAUCCCCAUCAUCCUAAUAUCCUUUCAGCAUAAAAAGAAUGCCGACCCUUCUCUUCUCCAUCAUCUAUCCUGGCUAGUGUUGGAGAGUAUCGUGUCCGGUUCCACCGCCACAACUUGCCAUUUCUAACGUCGCGUCAGCGUUGGUUAAUCGAGGGUUUUGGGGUGAUGAUCAAGAUGGAUACGGCGGAGCCAGGGGACAUCGCGAGCCUUGUGGCCGCCCGGCAGUCCCUGCGGGCGAGCCUGGACAAGUCGCGGGCGCUGUCGGCAGCGCUGGCCCGCGCCGGCCCCCGCCUCGACGAGAUCCACCAGCGCCUCCCCUCCCUCGAGGCCUCCGUCCGCCCGAUCCGCGCCCACCGCGACCCCUCGCUUCUUAUCCACUCUCAAGACCUCCCUUGCCGCUCUGAAGACGUCCUCCUCCCCCCUCGACGGCGGCCUACUAGACGCCGCCCUCGACAAGCUCGACGCCGAGUUCCGGCGCCUCCUCUCCGACCACAGCACUCCCCUCCCCAUGCCCUCCUCCGCCGCCGGAGUCAUUGCCAACGGCGGUGGUGCCGUCAUCGCCCCCGCUCCUCUUCCGGUCCCGGUCAUCCAGAAGCUGCUCCCCAUCCUCGAGCGCAUGAUCGCCAACAACCGCCUCGACCGCUGCGUCGCCGCCUACGUCGACGUCCGCAGCUCCAACGUCCGCGCCAGCCUCCGCGCCCUCGACCUCGACUACCUCGAGAUCAACCCCGUCGAGCUCGACGACGUCCAGAGCAUCGAGUCCUACAUUGACCGUUGGGGCCGCCACCUCGAGUUCGCCGUCAAACACCUCUUCGAGGCCGAGUACAAGCUCUGCGCCGAGGUCUUCGAGCGCGCCGGACCUCCCGACGUCUGGGCAGCCUGCUUCGCCGAGAUCGCCGCCCAGGCGGGCAUCCUCGCCUUCCUCCGCUUUGGGAAGACCGUCGCCGAGGCCAAGAAGGACCCCAUCAAGCUGCUCAAGCUCCUGGACAUCUUCAACUCCUUGAACAAGCUCCGGCUGGACUUCAAUCGGCUCUUUGGUGGGAAGGCCUGCGUCGAGAUUCAAAAUCUCACUAGGGAUCUCAUCAAGAGGGUGAUCGAUGGCGCCUGCGAGAUCUUCUGGGAGCUUCUGGUUCAGGUGGAGCUACAGAGGCAGACGCCGCCGCCCUCCGAUGGUGCCGUUCCGAGGCUGGUGAGCUUCAUCACAGAUUACUGCAACAAGCUCCUUGGUGAGGACUAUUGCCCGGUUCUCACUCAGGUACUGAUCAUUCAUCGAAGCUGGAAGCAGGAGAAGUUCCAGGAGAGGCUUCUGACUGAUGCAAUUCUCAAUAUUAUCAAGGCUCUGGAGGCAAAUUUCGAGGCUUGGUCCAAGGGCUACGAGGACAUCACCCUCUCCUACCUCUUUAUGAUGAACACCCACUGGCAUUUCUACAAGCACUUGAAAGGGACCAAGCUGGGGGAGUUGUUAGGGGAUGCAUGGCUGAGGGAGCACGAGCAGUAUAAGGAGUACUAUGCUGCCAUUUUCUUGAGGGAGAGCUGGGGAAAGCUUCCAUCUUUGCUGAGUAGGGAAGGGCUUAUUUUGUUUUCCGGGGGAAGGGCCACGGCCCGGGAUUUGGUGAAGAGGAGGUUGAAAGCUUUCAAUGAGACAUUCGAUGAGUUGUAUCAGAAGCAGUCGAAUUGGGUCAUAUCGGACAAAGACUUGAGGGAAAAGACUUGCCAUCUCGUGGUGCAAGCGAUCGUUCCCGUGUAUAGGAGCUAUAUGCAGAACUAUGGCCCUCUGGUGGAGCAGGAUGCGAGUGCAAGCAAGUAUGCCAAGUACACGGCCCAGACGUUGGAGAAGAUGCUUACAUCUCUAUUUCAUCAUAAGCCUGGGAAGUCUGCAAGCUUUAGGGUUAGGCACUCCAAUGGAAAAGUUAACAGUGUCAUGGCCAGCCAAUUUCGAUCUGCUUCAACUGUAAUGUGAUCAAGGCCUUUUCCCUGGCUACCUUGAAUGGAAAAGGACACUUUUCCUUGCUUACGCAUCAGUCCAAAAGACAUGGGUCGUGCAGCAAUUGGUGUGCUGACACUGGUUGUGUGUGCAUAUCCUGGUACUUGAAGAGGUGGCAUGGAUGGGCGGCUUUACAUGAAAUUUUUUUAAAUGAUGUGUGAUGGAUUAGCAGGAAUUUUUCAAAGACUAACCGCAGUGGAAGCACGAGAAGAAGUGUUCCCUGCAUGGCCCUUUUGGUGCCGAGAGCAGGCACAUAUGAGCAUAAGCUUCUCAAGAGCAAAGUUUAUCGAUGGUGCUGAUGGGAUUGGUUCCUCAGCACAUUUCUGUAGAAAAGAUGACAAGAAAUAUAAGCAGAGGAUUUGCUAUGUUGGAAUUGUAUAGAAAUGUUCUGCAUAGAUCUGCUGAAGCCUCCCUUGUAAGUCCUUGGUUUGAUCCUGAUCGGAGAAUUGCUAAGGAAAAUACUUCGAGGUGGCCAUUUCACAUACAUGAAGAAUUCAUUUGGCCUACGGCUGCUUAUUUGGCAACUCCAUGGUCAACAAACCCUCCAGCCUCUGUUUUUGGCAACAAAUCUGUGAGCUGUAUCACUCCCCUCUUGGAACUUGGCAAGAGAAUUGUAUGUAUGCACAUAAUUAGAGCCCCAUAGCGGUUACUUAUUAUAGAAUUAGAAGAUGAUGUCGUGAGUCGAAUGUUCGAUCAGUUUUAAGUGGGACAUGCCCUUUUUUCCUGUUUUGUGCUGCUGGAUUGGUUUGGUUGGCUUGUCAAUCUUGCUGUCCAUGUCUCCCGAAUUCUAUCAUGUGGUUGUUAGAUCAAUUUUAACUGUUAAUAUAGCUGUCAUAUUACUAAGGA